AAAGGUAAAAUAGAACGAAGGUAACAAAAUCUUUAUUUCUUGAAAAACAAGAAAAACUCUGUCUCUUCCAAUUCUUCUCUUUGUUCUCUUUCAAGAACUUGAUUAGCAAUUUUUUUUUAUUGUUUCUUGUAAAGAUGAGGAGGGUUUUUGGUGCUAAAAAAGAUAAAGAACCACCACCUUCAAUCCAAGAUGCAUCAGAGAAGAUAAAUAAAAGAGGUGAUACAGUAGAUGAGAAGAUCAAGAAGCUAGAUGCAGAACUUGCUAGAUACAAAGAACAGAUUAAAAAGACAAGACCUGGACCUGCUCAAGAGGCUGUGAAAGCUAGAGCUAUGAGGAUUCUUAAGCAAAAGAGAAUGUAUGAAGGACAGCGUGACAUGCUUUAUAAUCAAACGUUCAACCUUGAUCAAGUUGCAUUUGCUUCUGAAGGAAUUAAAGAUGCUCAACAAACUAUGUCAGCCUUGAAAUCCGCCAACAAGGAAUUGAAAGGAAUGAUGAAAACUGUGAAGAUUCAAGAUAUUGAUAACUUGCAAGAUGAGAUGAUGGACUUGAUGGAUGUGAGCAAUGAAAUUCAGGAGACAUUGGGCAGAAGCUAUAAUGUGCCAGAUGAUAUUGAUGAGGAAGAACUCAUGGGUGAACUUGAUGCUCUGGAAGCAGACAUGGGAAUGGAAACUGAAUCUGAUGGGGUGCCUUCUUAUCUGCAACCUGAUAAGGAAUCUGAUCUUGAUGCAGAACUGAACUUGCCUUCAGCGCCCACAGGACAAGGAGCACCAGCUAGCAGAUACAAUGCCCAGGCUGAGGAUGAACUGGGCUUACCUGCUGUCCCUCGGGCUUCUCUUCGUGGUUAGGCGGUUUUUUUACGUGAUCCUUGUGAAAGUAAUUUGAAGAGCUGGAUGCGAAACCCCUGUAAACACGUUGCUGAUUUACAUGAUUUAAUUGGUGUUUGGCGGGACUAGGCUUUAUUCCAUGCAAUGAUUUAUUUUUUCUUUGGACAAGUACUGUGAAUACAUUUUGUGAAAAAGGAUGCCCCUGAACAGUUUGGCGACUGGAUUCUACACAGAUAGAUGUGUAAAUUAAGUUAAACCUUUCUUCCCCUUGGUUCA